AUGGGUGGGAUGAUUGUGAUGGUACAGUAUGGUGUUGGCCUCUCCAUACUCAUGACAAACGUAAUGGUGGCAAUUUAUUAUAAUGUCAUCAUCACCUACAGCCUGUACUACUUGUUUGCCUCCUUCCAAUAUCCUUUGCCCUGGGCUAGCUGCCUCAGUUGGGCUGACAGUGACUGCAGCAGCACUCCCAGAGUGUCUUGUAAUGUAAGUGGUGUGUUAGUGGCCAACUGGACUCAGGAAAACAUCACUUGUCCUUCAUCUGACCUGAUCACAUUUCCAGUGCAGAGUCCAAGUGAACAGUACUGGGAUCGUGUGGCUCUGCAGAGAUCCAGUGGUCUGGAUGAAACAGGACCAGUAGUCUGGCAUUUGGCCCUUUGUCUGCUGCUGAGUUCCAUAUUUGUUGCUGUAGUGCUUUGUAAAGGUAUCAAGUCAUCAGGAAAAGUUGUAUAUUUCACCGCUACAUUGCCUUAUGUGGUGAUUUUGAUCUUGCUGAUCAGAGGUGUGACACUGGAGGGAGCUGGAGAAGGAAUAUCUUACUAUAUUGGUUCACAAUCCAAUUUCACUAAACUGAUGGAACCAGAGGUCUGGAAGGAUGCAACAGUUCAGACUUUAUAUUCCUUGUCCAUUGGUAUGGGAGGAGUUACAACCCUUGCUUCCUAUAACACGUUCCACAACAAGAUGUAUGCGGACUCAUUUGUUGCAUCCCUUACUAACCAUGGUUCGAGUGUGUAUGCAGGCUUUGCCAUAUUUUCGAUUUUGGGUCACAUGUCUCACGUCUAUGGAAUGCCGGUUGAAAAAGUGGUGAAGGAAGGGUUUACCCUGGCAUUCGUUGCAUAUCCAGAUGCUCUGGCUAAACUGCCAAUUUCCCCUCUGUGGUCGAUACUGUUCUUUUUCAUGCUUUCCAUAAUUGGCCUGGACACUCAGUUUACAAUGAUAGAGGUGAUUUGCAGCUUUUUAACUGAUGCCUUCCCUGAAACCCUCAAAUCCAAACGUCCCUUGUUGACUCUAGCGAUAUGUGUCAUCAUCUUCCUCCUGGGCCUGCCAUGUGUAACAACGGCAGGAAUAUACUGGGUAACUCUAAUCGACCAUUUUGCUGGUAGCUGGGUGCUGCUUAUGUUGGCUUUUAUGGAGAUCCUCAGCUUCUGCUACAUAUACGGAGGAAACAAUUUAAUUAAAGACAUUGAGAUGAUGGUUGGGGAGAAGAGCUUUUGCUUCUGGCUGUUGUGGAAAACAUUUUGGUUCCUGAUCAGCCCCUGCUUAAUUUUGGUGAUCUUCAUCUGGUCUCUGAUAUUCUUUAUUCCCCCCACCUAUGGAGGAAUCGAAUACCCAGAGUGGGGCUUGACUUUGGGUUGGUGCAUGUCUGCAUCCAUCUUUAUCUGGAUCCCUGUUGUCAUUGUGUAUAGGCUGAUGAAAGCAGAGGGAGGCUUCUUGGAGCGUGUGAAGACAACGUGCACUCCCUCUGAGGAUUGGCAUCCAUACCUGGAGAUCCAUCGAGGAGAAAGAUACUCAGAAGAAAGCUGUCGGCAAAGGAACUCAGCGUCAACAAGGAACAAGCCAAUAUAACAUGACAUUGUUACUGCAAUUGCAAUUUUAAUAUUGAUUUGUGUGUCAUGUUUUCUUGUGUCCAAGGUCAUAUUAAUUAUGAAGUAGUAGUAGUAAAAUCCAUUCAGAAUGCUUUACAUUUUACAAACACUACAUGCAGGUACACAGUUUUAUUAUUUUUUUAAAUUCCUGUUCAUUACAUUGACACUGAUUCUGAUCAAGUCAAAACUUCAUGAGGAAUGUAGAACCAGUAGUUAAAAAAAAUGAUCUGACUUUUCGCAAAGACAUAUAUCUCUUUUCUUCAAAUCAGGUUAAUAGUUAAAGCUAAAACCAUUGAACAGUGUUAUAAUGUGAUUAUACUGUCUCAUGAGUUGACUUUAAAGACAGUUUAAAUCUUUAAAUGCUGCCGUUGUCAUUGUGUACAGGGAGUCAUUCACAAGUACACAUUGCUGUGAUCGUUUAUACAGUUUUCAGGCUCUGUAAGUUUCAGGACAACUACCUCAUCAAUUACAUAAAGAUUGAAGUGGUUCAAAUUCUGUCAUAUCUUUUAUCUUCAUAAUGUACCUUCACUAAAUGUCUCUCAUUGUUUAAAUAUUAGGUCCAAACUGUCACUUUACAGACUGUCUACAUAGUUCAAGAUGUUAUUGCAGUUGGCUUUUGAACUGUUCUGUUAUUAAUACAUUCCUUCCUUGUUUGCUACAGAGCAUCUCUCCUCAUCAUUCUUUUAAGAGCUCCAUCUGCUGGACAUCAUGGCCCUAAAAAUUACAGUUUCUAUUCUAUACCUUGUAUUAUUUUCAUUCCAGAUCAUACUUUUGAAAGUACUGAAAUAGUAUUUUCAUGUCCUUUUAAAAACAUACAGUAUGAAUAGGUUAAUGUGGGACAACUCUCCAAUAUGGAUCUGCCUUGUAAUAAUUAUAAGCAGUUUAAUCCUUUCUGUGUUAACCCUAAAACUUUUUUGAAGACUAAGAAAAAGCUAUUGGAGGCAUAUCGUAAUACGUAACACUGAAAAAACUGAUUUAACCCUACACCACAAAUUAUAAUUUAGCAGAUUCACAUGAGAAUGACAAAAAAUAAGGUGUAUAAGUAUAUAAUUUCACAAAGAGAUAAAAUAGCUCAGAUUUCAUGUACUACCUCAGGACUGAUGUACUACUGAAUAUAAUGGUUUGUAAAGGUUUGUUUGUUUUGUGGCAUUUGUCAAAAACCUAAAUGAAUCGUAUGGUGCUGUCUUUGUUUUCACCACUGUCUGAAUAAUAAAGGCCUAAUGGUGAGAGUA